GGGUUUUCAAAGUUAUUUAGCUUUGAAUUACCCUUUGAAUGAUUCAAUCCCAAAAGGGUGAAAGAUGAAAAUUUACCCUUUUUCGGCGUAUUUUGGAGCUUGGAUUCGGCAGACAAGGAAGCGAGUUUAAUUGCGGCCAGCUGAGGGAGUGAUUUCCUUCCUGAUCUGGGUUUUAUGUGGAAUUUUUGGGAUUUGGUAUGGGACUAAAGAAAUUGGUAGGUUAGGUUUCAAGUUUCGAUCGUGUUGCUCAAUUUGAGUGGAAUCGAAGGCAAAAACAAGUCAUUUGAAAGGUAGCUUGGAAGGAGAUUUAAUUUUUCUCUCCUUUUGGGCGAAUCUCCAGGAUUUUGUUUUCGUGAUAGGAUUGCAUGUGUUGAAUUAGGGAAUCCCUGAUGAUAGAAGUUGAAUGAAAUCGUAGGUUUUUUGUGGGUAGGUUUGGCAUAAUUUAGAGCUGAUAGAGGCAGUUUUUAGGAAUUUGGUGGGUGAUUGUGGGUUGAGAGGUAGAUGGGAAAGGGUGGGAAAAUUACUGGUAAAAGGAGUUUCAAGAAGAGAGUUAGAUCGGACGACGAGGGUUCUGAUGAUUCGGAUGAGGAUUAUGUGAUUGAGUAUGAGGGGAAUGAAUCGGAGGAGUAUGCUAGCUCUUUAGAAGGGUUCUCAUCAGAAGAUGAGGAAGAACUGGCGAAAGCAUGUAGAAGGACUGUUCGAUCCAAUAAUGGGAAAAUCGGAGCACGAAAGAGGAGUCAGAUUUCAUAUGAAGAUAAAGAUGAAGAUUAUGUUAUUGGUGAUGAUGAUGAGGUGGAUGCUGAUGACGACUAUGAUGGUAAGGAUGACGAAUUAGCAUUGUGUGAAGAAGAAGAAGAAGAAGAAGAAGAAGAAGAAGAAGAAGAAGAAGAAGAAGAAGAAGAAGAAGAAGAAGAAGAAGAAGAAGAAGAAGAUGAUGAUGAUGAUUGUUUGGAUGAGGAUGACGAACUAACCACGAAAAAGAAGAAGAGUAGUAAGGUGAACAAGAUGGUCAAGAGGACUAGAAAAAAAGGGAGUGCUACAAGAAUGAAAUCAACAGCGCUGCAACGGUCUAUUGCCAAGAAGGGCAGAAAGAAGAAGCGUCGAUUGAGGAAGAAAAUGAGGAGCGAUGAUGAUGAUGACGUGGAUUUCACCGACUGCAACUCAGCUGCCAGGGAGAAAAAGAGCAAGAGAACUUCGAGGAAAAGGAAGUACACCGUGAAUUCUGAUUCGGAUUUUGUGGCAUCUGGAUCCGAACCAGAGUACACGAUCUCUGAAGAGGAGAGAGAACAGGUGAGAGAAGCUGAGAAGAUAUUCGGAGGAGAAAUGAAGAAGACUAGUUUGAGGAGUUCAUCAUUAUCCUCUGUAAAAACAAAUGAAGAGGAGCAUGAUAAUCAAGAUUUAAUGGCGAAGAAGGGGAAAGAGAAGGUGGAGGAAUCCAAAAAACUCGAGGUAGUUGCAAAGCAAGUCUGCGGAGUCUGUCUCACAGAAGAGGAUAAAAGAAGAUUAAGAGGAACUCUAGACUGCUGCAGCCAUUACUUCUGCUUCAAGUGCAUCAUGGAGUGGUCGAAGGUCGAAUCUCGUUGCCCCUUGUGCAAGCAAAGGUUUACGACAAUCACCAAGAGUGGGAGAUUAUCUCUUGGAGUUGAUAUGAGAAGCGAGGUCAUAGAAGUCCCCAUGCGUGAUCAGGUGUAUCAACCAACUGAAGAGGAAAUUCGAAGCUUCAUUGAUCCGUAUGAGAGUGUUAUUUGCGCAGAAUGCCAUGAAGGUGGUGAUGAUGCUCUCAUGCUGCUGUGCGACCUCUGUGAUUCGCCAGCUCAUACCUACUGCGUCGGUCUAGGGCGGCAAGUGCCCGAGGGAAACUGGUACUGUGAAGGUUGUAAGCCUGUUGCUCUUGGUACCUCUAGUUCCCAGGCUCAGGACACCUUUCCACCUGAUCAAAGAGCAAUGGUCAACAGGUUCAAUAGACUACCAAUUCCAUCGGGCAACAGGUUUAAUAUACCAAGGCUAAUGAACAACAGGUUUAGUAGACCAGAAACUCUCAGUGCACAAGACAGAUUGCUUCCGAGUUCGGCAACUUCAUCAAACGUGACGUUUAGUAGACCAAUGGCAAUGAGCAACACAAUUAGCAGACCAAUGACAAUGAGCGACCAAAUCAAUGGACAGAUGCCUAUGAGCAACCAGUUAAACAGACAGGAAACUCUCAGUUUAGAAGACAGAAUGCUGAUGAGCUCGGAACUUCCAUCACAUUCGACGUUCCAUCACCUGAUAUCUCCAGUGGUGGCUUCUUCUCCAGGAACAGGUGCAUCGACACUCUGGGGAAGACGUGAGAUUCAACGACGCAUCCAGAGCCUUCUGUCUAGCAGAAUGGAAGCUAUGCCAGCCCCCAAUUCUCAGUCUCAGCACAGGGAAAUGCCAGUUCAACCGACUAACAACUUCAAUCCGGCUUACUUGAGCAACAGGUAUAAUAGACUACCACAGAACGAAUGGAGAGAAACAAUUGAGGAGCCUUCGAAUUUUGUAGCCAGCGAGCAGCCUGUGAGUUUGGCAUUAUGGUCUAGAGAAGAUACACAUACAAAUCUGGUUCAGGGCAAUUUGGCCUCCUAUGGAGGUGACAGUCAAUUCUAUGUUUUGAAGGAGCACCUGCAAUCGAUGGUGAAAGGCCAUGCCAAAGCCUUGACCCAAGAUAAUGAACUAGGGCAAGAGAACUUCAAGCAAGUUGUGAGGGCUUCAACACACACAAUCUUGGCACACUGCGGGCUUGAGCACAAGAGGAAUGAAGUUCAUCCCUUGCCUCCUCCACCUGGUUGCUCGCAUCUCGACAGAAUCUUUGCUGGACAAGGUAGCAUAAUGAGAGGUUUUUGCUCACCUUGUUUUGAAUCAUUUGUGAGGGAUGUAGUGGUGAAAAUAUUGGAUUCAAGGGUGCCAAGGCUGCCACAAUGGCUUAGUCUAGGUUUAUAGGGCUUAGGGUAAGAACAUAAUUUUUUGAGUCAAAACUGUUCAUAGAUUCAGAAAAAAAGGUACAGACUUUUGAGCAUAGGGGCACUUUGCUCUGUAUGCUUAUUUGAUCCACCACCCAUUGUUUAAACAGAUCAGUCAUUGUUUAGAAUUGUUCUCUUUAGAUGUUGAGAGCCAGAUUAGUUUCUGCUGUCUAUUCUACGCCUCACAUUCAUCAGGUGCCUCCUCUUGUUGCUUUCAGUUGGCCUUCUUUGCUAUAAUCUCUCGUUGGUUUUCAGCUUCCAAGGCUAAAGUGAGAUGGCAUAAUCCGAACCGUAAUACCGAAUAUAAACAAUGAUCGAAUCGAAUUGAGCCAAGGGUAGCACCCGUUUGACUUGGAAGGUUGUGGUCCAAUCUUUCCACCCUACAUUCCACGCAUGAUAUUUGUCACUGGCCGAGGAACCCUUAGGUUUUCCGGGCAUUGGAUUCUCACCAAUAUUUGUGUUACUAAAGGUGGCACAAUUAUCAUAGAAUCUUUGUUUAGUCUGAGUAUGUAAAUCAACUGCUAGCAGCACAAUGCCCGCCCUUAAUCAAUCAAAAAGCUUAUAUUGAUUU